AUGGAGACACGUGAUUAUAUGGUUGGGGAAACGAAGAGAAUCAUCAACAACGUCGCUCAUUUUGAAGACAAGAUAAAGCUUACUGGAUUCAGGGUAUGCAACAAUCAGGAAUACGCGAUUCGAUCUAGUGCAGCAUCUCUGAUGCACACAAACGAUAGGAAGACAAGUGCCUCAUUAAGGCUUAUAUGCCUCCAUGAUAAUAUCGUCUUUUCCCCACCACUUUAUAUUGACAACAUUUAUCAUCGUCAAAGCAUACCUCACAAAAACAUAAUCGGUUUCUUCCUGGCGCCGAAUUACGAGACGAGGUUGGUGCUUGUGGUACAGGAAGAAUCUACGAGAAAUAUUAACUUGUACGGAAUAGAACUGAGCUCUGUUCGGAAGGCCCACGAAAUCACUUCUCUGUUAGGAGAGACACACUCACCGUCUGUAGGAGAAAGUUCCAACAUUGCGCCAUCUCCAACGUAUUCCGUAUCAAAAAGUGUGAAUUAUUUCGAUCAGUUUCUUCAUGAAAAUUCUUCCAUGAUCAAUAAGUUACAAAAAUCGGACUCCAGUUCUGUGUCGCCAAAGUCCUGGAAUUCUAAAGGCAAAUCGGAUAGGGGUCUCGAGGAACGAAGGAAUAUCUCCUCAACUCCAACAGAUUCACCAAUGCAAAACGGUUUCAAUAGGCAUUCUACGUGGAAUUCACCGAAAUGUGGCAUACGUACUCCAACUAAGUUUCCAGGAAUAAUAAGCAGCGAUAUUGAAUAUGAUUGGGAUGACGUUAUGUCUCCGCUGCGACCGAAGAUUCCGGAUGAUAUUGACGAACGUAUAUCAAUAGGAUAUUAUAAUGAUGAUACGGAGUGUGACUACAGUCCAAAAUUAAGUCCGAAAAAAACGGAUCACGAAAGCGAUUCGUCAGUACCGGCUCCACAGAAUGCAUGGAUGGAGAAUAUAACAUACAUUUCUAACCACCCUACGAAAGGAAGCUACGUGACUUCUACUGGAUCGGUAUACAUGUACGUUGCUCAACAAGUGAAUCCGAGAACUGUCUGGCAUCAUGACACCGGAGCAAGUCCUGUCGCUUCUGGACCUCCACACCUACAGGACACUUCCACACACUUGAAAAACUGUAGUAAAUCGACGCCGCCGUCAUUUAGCCCAUUGGAUCCCGAUCAACCGAAAGUGGAGCCGCCGAGCCAACUACACCGCCAUCCAGACCCUAUACCACCAAAGACGAAAAGACGCAGCGUCUACUGUGAUCGCCUCAGCUCGGCGUUUGUUGAUAUCUCGAAAGCGUUUGAUUCGGCUUCACGUAACUCAAUCUUCAGAUCUGCCAAAGCGUUUGGGAUACCAUCACCCCUGGUUCGAUACAUCGCACAGUCCUAUGCGAAUGCAGUGGCGGUUUUCCCCAAAUUCCCAGGUUCACUGCCACAGAAGCGAAGGGAAGGAGGUGCACUCUUCCUAUUGUUGUUCAUCAUGACAAUAGAAAGUCAGACUCGCUCCUGCGGUCGAGUUUGGAAGAACUGCUAUGAAGACAAACGUCCAAAAGACAAAAACGACGGUGAUUUGUGGGGACAGAAAACAUUGGACGACACCUUCGCCGAGGAGCUCAUCACUCUUUUGGGUCCGACGGACACCGUAACACAUUUGGGCAUUCCCUGUACUUUCAAGGAAAUAAGGGUCUUCAACCAUCGACGGAAUUGGCUCAUACUGCUCAAUGAGAUGACGCGUACCCUGUUGAAGCGCAUCAAAUAA